GUCCGACAUUAUUGUAAGACAUUGUUAUAGGACAUUGUUGUUUCUGACUCAAAAUUUACAAAUUGAAUUUUAAUAUUUAAAUGAAACUUUAGUUAAAAUCAAAAAUGGAUAAGAAACAUCAAUGUAGUGAAUGUGGGAAAACAUUUUCUAAAAAAUGUCUCUUAGACAUUCAUAUCAGAAUUCACACUGGUGAGAAAACGUUUCUUUGCGAAAUUUGCGGAAAAACUUUUUCUCAGUAUGGAACUUUAUUUAGACACAGAAAAAUACAUUUUCGAGAAUUCGAAUGCAACUAUGAUGGUUGCGAUUUCAGUACAGACCAUUAUUUCAAAUUGAUAAGACACGUGAAUCGAGAACAUUUACAAGCAAAGUCUUCUCAAAGUUCAUCGAAAGAACCGAAUGAAAGAAAACAUCAAUGUGACAAGUGCCCCAAAAAGUUUUUAUAUAAAUCACAAUUACAAAGACACGUGAGAUCACAUACAGGAGAACGACCAUUUUUGUGUCAGAUCUGCAAAAAGGCUUUCACACAAAAGGCACAUUUAAAAGGACAUAUGGCAUUAAUGCAUUUGAAUGAGGAAACUGUAUCUUUGUCUCAGGAAUGUACAGAAGAUGUAACGAAGAACAUUCAUUCUUCGGAAGAAGUAAAGCUGAAGUCAAAUUUGCAGUCUUCUAGUCAAACCUCGGAUCAUCAAACAACAAUGGAUCAAGAUGUAUUAAGCGCUGCAGAAAUUCUUCUCCAGAUAAGUAGAAGGAGACUGGAGACAGACGAAGAAAACAUUUCGGAUUCGGAUAAACCAUCAACUUCAACACAAUUCAAGAACAUUGAAUAAAGAAAAUUGAAUACUUCAUUUAAUUUUUAAAAAUCUUUCUUCACCUGAUUCAUAUUUAAAAAUUCGUUGGUUUCAAAGUGACCAAAGUAAUUUCUUAAAAAUUUAGCAUUUAAAAUAAAUUUUGAAUUUGUAGAAUAACGUACAACGAAUAAAAUCUAUAUUGAGUCGCACCCACUCGAAAUAUGAUACAUGAAACAUGUCAUCACUUAUCUUCCACUGCUUCCAUCUUUUAUGACCAAAGAUUAAUAACUUUGAUUUUAAUAAUAAACAAACUUCCUUAUCUAAUUUCAGAAAUUUACGACAAAAACACAGGAGUUAUUAAGCAUCAAAAUAAAUGAACAAAAUCGUUCUCUCCACACACCCACACAAAAUGUAUACAUACGGAAAAAUUCUCCAUUUGUUUUUCGUUUCUCGGCGUUAGAAGUUCCCCUAAUUAUAAGA